CUUUUGUGAUCUUCUUCUUGUCACUCUCUUCUUUCCACUACCCUUACUCCUUUCAUCAUGCGCUCUUACAUUCUGUCGUUGGCAGCAGCAGCUGGUUCUGCCGUCGCCGGCACUGUCAGCUAUGCUGGCGUAAACAUCGCAGGCCUCGAUUUCGGUUGCGAUACAUCCGGUAACUGCGUUACCUCAGGCGUCGUCGAUCCAGCCGAAGCAGGUAUCAGCCAAAUGAACCACUUUGUGAAGGAUUCGGGCUUGAACGUCUUUCGCAUCCCCGUGGGCUGGCAGUUCCUGGUGAACAACCAGCUCGGCGGCAAACUGGACGCUACGAACUUUGCAACCUACGAUAAGCAAGUCCAAGGCUGCAUCAAUGCUGGUGCCGCCAUGUGCAUCAUCGAUAUUCACAACUAUGCACGCUGGAAUGGAGGCAUUGUUGGUCAAGGAGGACCGACCAAUGACCAAUUCGCCAAUCUCUGGUCUCAAAUCGCAACGCACUAUGUCAACCAGCCCAAAGUGGCAUUUGGCAUCAUGAAUGAACCCCACGACGUCGACAUCACCAAAUGGGCCACGACCGUCCAAUCCGCCGUCGACGCCAUCCGCAAAACCGGCUGUUCCCAACGCACCCACAAAAUCCUCCUUCCAGGAAACGACUGGACACACGCCACCAGCUUCGUCUCGGACGGCUCCGCAGCCGCUUUACAACGCGUCCACAACCUCGACGGCACAAUCGCCAAUCUCAUCUUCGACGUCCACGCCUAUCUCGAUUCCGACGGCAGCGGCACUUCCACAUCAUGCAGCACCAACAACGCCGCAGCAUUCUCUUCUCUCGGAGACUGGUUGCGCUCGAAUAAGCGACAAGCUAUGUUGACGGAGACGGGCGGUGGGGCGAAUGAUGAUGGGUGUGUGAAAUUGUUGGGCGAGCAGUUGGAUACGAUGAAUAAGUAUAGUGAUGUGUAUCUGGGAUGGGUGGGUUGGGCCGCGGGGAAAUUUGAUGGCAGUUAUGCUUUGACGGAGACGCCUGUGCAGAAUGGGAAAGGGGGUUGGACGGAUGUGAAAUUGGUCAAGGAGGUGAUUGCGGGCAAGUUUAAGAAGGCGGCGAAGUCGUAGAGAUGAGAUGAAGGGGAUGGAUCUUGG